GCGAGCGCUACUCCGCAGACGUGCGCAACUUGUCGCGCUCUUAACUUGGUCUUCUGCUGCUGCCACUGCCUGCCGCUUCUUCUCCUUCGUCUUCUGGCCAAGACAGGCGCGCGUGUGUGUGAGUGUGCUGGCGCAAGCGUGUGUUCGUCCGUGCGUGUGUGUCGUCGGUGAAAUAAUAUAAUUGGCCUGACCCAAAGUCCCUCCGCGGCAAGUUCAAGUGCGUCCAAAAGAAAAAGAAGGAGACACAAAAAAGAAAACCGAGGCGAGGAAGAGAAUCUCGGGAAAGACCGGAGAUUUUCCCAGUGCCAGCAAUUAUCCGGCUAACAGUGCUUUGUGUGAUUUUUUUCUACUUCGUCGUCGCCGUCGUCUUCGGCAGCCUGGCCUAAAACAAAAGAUGGGUGCACAACACACGGAUACAGAUACCUAUACGUACACAGCAGCAUCCUCCGAACCGAGAGCCAAGAGCAGAGCAGCCACAUCAACAUCCCCAUCCAGGAUGCCACGUCCCAGCCUCGUCCUCAGCCUCCUCACAGUGGCCAGCCUCUUGCUGCUCACGAUAGACGCCACUCCCGUCUUUGUGGAUAAUCCCAGCUUAGCACAGUUCCAAUCUGGUCGAAAUAUCCGCCAUCUGCCCUGCAUUGUCCGAAAGUCCGGACGCUCGGGAGUCUGUAUGUUCGCCAUUGACUGCAUCAAGCAGAAUGGCACCCACCUGGGCACCUGCAUCGAUCGCUUCUACUUUGGCUCUUGCUGUGCCCUGAAGGAGGAAGCCUCGCUCUUUGCACCGGAGAUCAAUGACAAUAGCAUCGACCAGAAUACCAUCUCCCACUUUGCCCAUGAAUCCACCACUCUCCCCACCAGUGCUCUCUUCAAGCUCACCACCGAGAGCAGCCUGUCCACUACCCACCACCAGAGCCCUCAGUCAUCCACCAACGAGCUGCUCAAGAACGUUACCCAGUCGUAUCUGAGCACCUCCAAGCCCGCUACUGGGGCCAGUACUCUCUCCACCACCCGCCGCCCAUCGCUGGCACACACAACCCACAAGAACUCACACUUCGUGGUCCGGACCACUUUCAAGCCCAGCGGAGCACCUGCUUCUCCUUCGUCUACUGCUUCUUCUGCUCCCUCGACAACAACGUCGUCGCUGCCAACAGUUAAGCCGCCGCGCAGACGCACCACCACAGCCAAGCCCGUGCUAACUACGGUUCCGGUGGUGCAGGAGCAGCGCAUUGAAACCACCUCGGUGCCCACCAAGUUUGUGACCUUCCAAAUUGUGGAGACCACGACUCCGCCAGUGACGGAACCUACUCGUCAACAGCAGGAGACGACCACGACGGCAGCACCAACCAGGCGGCACACCAGACCCACUGCGAGCAGUUCAGCGGCUAGCAGGACGACCAGCAAACCCACAGCAGUCCCUACCAGCCCCCCAACAACGACGACGACAUCAACAACCCCAGUACCCACAACUCCAACACCAACCAGAGCCGCUGUGACCACCCAACGCCCCACACCGCCGCUGCGCACCACUACGCCCAAGCCCCACAAGACGCAUUCCAGCCGGAGACCUGCGCCGUCCAAGAAGCCCGUUGGAUCAACAUCCACAACAAUUAGUGGAUCGCAGUCCACGAGGAAACCUAUUGACAGCCUGGCGAGCAGCACCACAAUCACUUUGAGUAACAACACAGCUACUACUGUGCCGGCACGGAGACCAGUGAUCCACACGAGCAGCAGUAGCAUCAGUAGUUCCACCAGCUCGACAACAAGCAGCACAUCAUUUAAGGACGAACUCAACAAUAACCGGACAACCAUUAAGGUGCCGGAACGCACCACUCAGGCGCCACGUCCAAAGCCCAAGCCCACUGGGGAAAUUGUAAAGGUGCCGGCUCUUCUGGCGGAACCUACAAGCCAACCCACAACAGCGGCAGAUACCAGCAGCAGCAUUAGCAGUAGUAGCAGUAAUCCUCCCAAGACCUCGCCCAGUAGCACCACCCCUCUUCUGGUGACCAAGAAGAAGCCGAGCACCACCACAGCUGGAACAACAACCACUACCAGCACUACGAAACCCACUCGCCGAGCUACAACCAAAGCUCCGACAACAACUACCCCCAAACCCACUACAACAACCCCCUCAACAACAACAACAACCAGUAAACCGAGCACUACAACUACAGUGAAGCCCCUACUAACCACAGAGGCUCCUUUAAGCGUUCCCGAAACGCCAGCCACCAAGAAACCCGGCCUAAUUACCUGGACAGACGUCGAGGCUGAGCCGCCAACAAAUGCCAGCAUUUCCAAUGACUGGCAGCCCGCACCGCCGCCCAACUGGAUGCCACUGGCCACCCCAGUCCCGGAAGCGAGCAAUAAAACAGGAGCUACAACAGCCCCUCCCAGUGCCACCGACAAAGUGGUCAUCUCGGUGGCCACCAGUGUCAGUGAGGUGGAGACGCACGGCACGGCCAAGCCGCACAAGACCACGAAGCCGCCAAGAGUCACAAGUACACCAAAACCACCAUCAACAACAACAACAACAACAAAAGCUACGACAACUGCAACGCCAACCACAGUGAAAACCACCGAGGCUCCGUCGAGCAGCGUGGAAUUGGCCUCAUCUACAUCAUCCUCCGUUGAGCUGAGCAACGAGGUGGCAUCCAGCAGCAGCGGCAUAAGCAGUACUAUCAGCAGCAGCACCACCAGCAGUCCCGAAACCACAUCUGCCGGUGAAACCACCGAUUAUAGCGGCGAAGAACCGAACACCACGACCAUUGAGGCCACUGGCAGCACCACCGUGGCACCCGCCAAUGCUCUGGAGGGCGUCGAUUACAAGGAAGUCUGCGGCCGUCGCAUGUUCCCCGAGCCCAGGAUCGUUGGUGGAGCCAACGCCGCCUUCGGUCGCUGGCCCUGGCAGAUCUCCCUGCGCCAGUGGCGCACCUCCACCUACCUGCACAAGUGCGGAGCGGCCCUGCUGAACGAGAACUGGGCGAUCACGGCGGCCCAUUGUGUGGACAACGUGCCGCCCUCCGAUCUGCUGCUGCGCCUGGGCGAGUACGACCUGGCCGAGGAGGAGGAGCCCUAUGGCUAUCAGGAGCGCCGCGUCCAGAUCGUAGCCUCGCAUCCCCAGUUUGACCCGCGCACCUUUGAAUACGAUCUGGCUUUGCUCAGAUUCUACGAGCCCGUCGUCUUCCAACCCAACAUCAUACCUGUGUGCGUGCCGGACAACGACGAGAACUUCAUUGGACAGACGGCCUUUGUCACGGGCUGGGGCCGCUUGUACGAGGACGGACCGCUGCCCAGCGUGCUCCAGGAGGUGGCCGUGCCGGUGAUCAACAACACCAUCUGUGAGUCCAUGUACCGCUCGGCGGGCUACAUCGAGCACAUCCCGCACAUCUUCAUCUGCGCCGGCUGGAAGAAGGGCGGCUACGACUCCUGCGAGGGUGACUCCGGUGGCCCCAUGGUGCUGCAGAGGGAGUCCGAUAAGCGCUUCCACCUGGGCGGCGUCAUCUCGUGGGGCAUUGGGUGCGCGGAGGCCAACCAGCCAGGCGUGUAUACGCGCAUCUCCGAGUUCCGGGACUGGAUCAACCAGAUACUGCAGUUCUAGACUGGAUCGGGGGCAGAGAGACCUCCUUAGCGAAUGCCCAGCACCACCACCACCAACACUUUCCGCGGAAUCCAACUGAGACUCGGACUCGUGCUUCGGUUAUGGAGAGAUCAAGAGAUCGGCGCAUCGGCCAUAACCCGAGCAACGAUUCCAGUUGCUCCACCUCACCUGUCACCUGUCACCCGUCACCUCCCAACACUGCCCAGUGAACCACAAGCUGAUAGCACUUCCAUCGUCAUAAUCGUAAUCUUAACCGUACUAUAGCCUAACCCUACCACUAGUUAGUGAAUGUGAUUAACCAGCACACUAAGCGAACUAAGCGAAGCAGUCACAGCUCAUGUAACGUAUUAAUCGAUCGAUUGGACCUAAUUUAUUCCCAUUUGCUGUACAUAAUUUUCUAAAUUAUUGCAUAACAUUUACACUCUAGCUUUAGUCCUACUUUACACAAUAUUAAUUUAAAGGGGACCCCCCGCGAGCGGGGGUCCUUUGGUAGGGCAUUAUCACGUAAGUCGCUUCUCCUCGAAUCCCGAAUCAGGCGGCAGAAGCUAUUGUAAUUUUAUCUUAUAACGUACUGUAAUUAUUUAUUUAUAGCAGCUCAUGCACACGACAAAAUUAAUUCAAUUA